ACGGUUUGGAUAACAGGCGCGCGCUUUGUUUUAUUAUCCACAUUAUCAGCGGCAUUAUUGUUAUUAUUGGCCCUCAGCGCUUUUACCGCUCGCCCACGCGUCGUCCGCCCGUGAAUGCCGCGCGGAAAAGUCGCUUUCCACUAAAUUGGCUUCCCGAUUCGAGCAAAAUUCGUCACUAGCCACAUUCGCGCCCGUUCGGUCAGCACUAAGACUAAUAAUCGUUCAAAUCGUUAAAAUCAUAAAAAUAAUAAUAAUAAUCGCAAUAACAAUAAUAAUACUAAUAAUCGUAACGCUUACGAGCCUUUGAUAGUGCCAAGGCAAAAGCGCAAAACAAGUAUUCAAAUUCAAAUUCGAAUUCAAUUAACAGCAAAGUGCAAUUGGCUAAAAGUAAACCAAACCAAAACGCAACAAAGUAUACGAAAACACUUGUGAAACCUUAAAAAACAAUAGUGGAAAAAUAUUUAAAAUUAAUUGAGUUAAUGUUCAAUAAACAUUGGUGCUCGAAUUAAAUUAAAGGCCUCGAGUGGAAAGUGCAAUAAUUAAAAUUAACUUUUUAAAAAAUAUUUACCAAACAAAAAUCCAAUCGCUUGUGAAAAAUAUUUUAGAAAUAUUUAAGGAGUUCCAGAAAAAUAUUUUAAAACCAGAAGAAAAAAUUUAAAAAGCAAAAGACACAUAAAAACCAAAAUUUAAAAAUAAAGACUUGGAGUAGAAAAAAUUAUUUACUAGCUAAAAAAAAAAUUUGGAAAAUCUUACCAAGAGUUUAAAAUUAUUACAAAGUUGGAAAGUAUUACCCAUUAUUUAAAAAAAUCAAACGAAGGCCAAUGAACGACAGAGAUAGCUGAGGAGAGUCUUGAAAAAUCCGCCAAAAAUCCGAGAUCCCCGGACCCAAAUCCCUGUGAAAUCGGUCAAGCCCCCAACGACUUUAAGCCCGUCUCAGACGGAGCACCGCCAAGAUUCUCACCGCCAGCAGCGCAAUGAACUCGUACUUUGAGCAGGCCUCCGGCUUCUAUGGCCAUCCGCACCAGGCCACCGGAAUGGCGAUGGGCAGCGGCGGCCACCACGAUCAGACGGCCAGUGCAGCGGCGGCGGCCUACCGGGGAUUCCCCCUCUCGCUGGGCAUGAGUCCCUAUGCCAACCACCAUCUGCAGCGCACCACCCAGGACUCGCCCUACGAUGCCAGCAUCACGGCGGCCUGCAACAAGAUCUACGGCGAUGGUGCCGGGGCCUACAAACAGGAUUGCCUGAACAUCAAAGCGGAUGCGGUCAAUGGCUACAAGGACAUUUGGAACACGGGCGGUUCGAAUGGUGGAGGAGGUGGCGGUGGGGGCGGCGGUGGCGGAGCGGGCGGUACAGGUGCCGCGGGAAACGCCAACGGCGGCAACACAGCCAAUGCAAACGGACAGAACAAUCCGGCGGGCGGCAUGCCCGUUCGACCCUCCGCCUGCACCCCAGAUUCCCGAGUGGGCGGCUACUUGGACACGUCGGGCGGCAGUCCCGUUAGCCAUCGCGGCGGCAGUGCCGGCGGCAAUGUGAGCGUCAGCGGCGGCGGCAACAACAACGCCGGUGGCGUACAGAGCGGCGUGGGCGUGGCCGGAGCGGGUACCGCCUGGAAUGCCAACUGCACCAUCUCGGGCGCCGCUGCCGCCCAAACGGCGGCCGCCAGCAGUUUACACCAGGCCAGCAAUCACACAUUCUACCCCUGGAUGGCUAUCGCAGGUAAGAUAAGAUCUGAUUUAACACAAUACGGCGGCAUAUCAACAGACAUGGGUAAGAGAUACUCAGAAUCUCUUGCGGGCUCACUUCUACCAGACUGGCUAGGUACAAAUGGUCUGCGAAGACGCGGCCGACAGACAUACACCCGCUACCAGACGCUCGAGCUGGAGAAGGAGUUCCACACGAAUCACUAUCUGACCCGAAGACGGAGAAUCGAGAUGGCGCACGCGCUCUGCCUGACGGAGCGACAGAUCAAGAUCUGGUUCCAGAACCGGCGGAUGAAGCUGAAGAAGGAGAUCCAGGCGAUCAAGGAGCUGAACGAGCAGGAGAAGCAGGCGCAGGCCCAGAAGGCAGCGGCGGCAGCGGCUGCGGCGGCGGCCGUCCAAGGAGGACACUUAGAUCAGUAGAUCGGCAGAUCUAUCGAUCUAUAGACCUUUAGAUCUGUAGAGAUGAAUUAGGCGGAAUGGCGCAGAGACAGAUACAAAGCAACUAUAUUGUAACAAAUGAACUAUUUACUUAAAUGAAUAAUAUUUAAAUAUUUUGAUGGUACUUGUGCGAAUACGAAACUUAACCUAAAUCGAACCUAAUGGAAUUAUUUCAAGCGUUUGAGCAGCAACCGAAAAUACGUAAAUGAAACAAAACUACAAACUAAUUAACUAGGCUAAGUAAAUAAAAGUAGUGGAAAGAGCGCAGAUUAUAAACCUACUUAGAGUUAAACAACAAAAACCAACAAUUUUAAUUUAGUUCCAAACGAAAAAAUUUGAAAAAAGAUUCGCAAGCGUUAGAUUUAUGUUUACCACAUGUAGAGAGAUCCCUCGAAAUUAAAACCUAUGUCCUGCCCCCCUUUGUUGCUUACUGCUAUGUUUAAAUUAAUUUUCGCGAAAAAUACUCAAAAAUUUAAGAACAAAAGAAAACUAUACCAAUAUAAUGUUGAGCGCGAGCAAAAUUCUGUUGAUAUGAAUUUUUGGUAAGAACCAGUUCUAAACCAAUUUAAGAUACGUGACAAAGGAAACGAAAAACAAAAAGAAAACUAUUAAAUUUUAACUUGAAUAUAAAUAGAAUUUGUUAGCCAAGUAAACAUAUUGCGAAACGAAAAACAAACGUUUUUGGGAGGAUCGAAUAUUUGAAUGUGUAUAGUUUGUGCUUAUUAAAUAAAAUAAUGCAAUUUUAGUUAACUCUGUUUAUUUUUAAACGAAUUUGUUUAGUUCUCGCCCAAACGACUAGAGUGAAGCUGUUUCUUUAAGUAAUGUGUAGUGUGUUUACCUUUUAAAUUAAAUUAAAUUAAUGCCUAAUUUUAUUAUUAUUAUGUUUAGUUUAAUGACAAGCGUUUAUGAGAUUAUCCGAUAGAAGCGGCGAGAAGAGGAGUACGACAAACCGUUUGCCCCGGCAAACGCAAAUAAAUUAUUGGUUUUGAAAAAAUCUGAAAAAACAAUGAGAAAACGAA